CCUCAUCCAACUCCGCCCUUUGGGAAGUUCCCCCCUUACGUCCCCUUCCAAGCAACCAUCCCUGUCUGGUAGGGGACGUUAAGAGUCGUAGCUAGGUAGGCUCAGAGGCCAAGCCUUAAUUUCUAACCAUGGAGAAGAACAGGGUCGCCCUCAUCAGCCUCUCCUUAGUUCUCCUCGUCGCCGUGGUGGCAGCGGUCGCCGUCACCGUCUCCCACCUCAACAGUAGCACCUCCACCUAUCGCCCCUCCGAGACCGGCCAGCCCAACACUUCCAUUAAGGCCAUCAAGGCCGUCUGCGAGCCGACCGACUACAAGGAUGCCUGCGAGAAGACCCUCUCGUCCAUGUCCCACAACACCUCCGACCCCAUGGAGCUCGUCAAUGUGGCCUUCAAUGCCUCCAUGAAGUAUGUCACCGACGCCUUCGACAAGUCUGAACUCCUGAAGGAUGUCUCCAAAGACCCAGCCUCCGCCGAGGCUCUCCGGACCUGCAGCGAGCUCCUCGAGUACGCCACGGACGACCUCAAGAAAUCCAUCGAGCAGCUCGGCAGUGUCCAGACGAACCGGUACGAACAGGCUGUCGAGGAUCUCAAGGUCUGGCUCAGCGCCGCCAUCACCUACCAGGACACCUGCGUCGAUGGCUUCGAGGGCAUCAACACCAGCGCUGCGGAGGCCAUGCACCAGGCCAUAAAGAACUCCACCCAGAUCACCAGCAACGCCCUCGCCAUGAUCAACCAGUUCGACAACUUGGUCGGCUCGUUCAACAUCUCGUCGCAUGCCGGCCGGAAGCUGCUCUCCGGCACCAGGGCAAACGAGUUCCCGUGGUGGAUGUCCGCCGCGCAGGAAAGAUUCCUCCAGCCGGCACCGGCCCAGAUAAAGCCCAAUGUCACCGUUGCUCAGGACGGGACCGGAGAUUUCAAAACCAUCUCCGAGGCCCUCAAGCAUGUCCCCAAGCAAAACAACGACACCUUCGUCAUCUACGUUAAGGCAGGAGUGUACAAGGAGGGAGUCCUCGUUGACAAGCAUAUGACCCAUGUGACGAUGAUCGGAGAUGGACCGACCAAGACCAAGAUCACUGGUGAUGUCCAUGUCAUCCAAGGGAAGAUCUCCACCUUCAAAACUGCUACCGUUGCUGUGGCCGGGGAGUGGUUCACCGGCAUGGGUCUCGGAUUCGAGAACACGGCCGGGCCUCAAAACCACCAGGCGGUGGCGCUCCGGGUAAACGCCGACCGGUCGGUGUUUUACAACUGCCGGAUGGACGGGUACCAAGACACGUUGUAUGCCCACAGCGGGCGCCAGUUCUACCGUGACUGCACCAUCACCGGCACCAUCGACUUCAUCUUCGGCGACUCAGCGACGAUGCUCCAGAACUGCAUGAUCAUCGUCAGGAAGCCAAUGGAUAACCAGCAGAACAUCGUGACGGCGCACGGCCGGAUAGAUAGACAAGGGAAUGGUGCCCUCGUCAUCCAGAACUGCACCAUCACUUCAGACCCUGCCUACUACCCCUCCCGGAAGAAGCUGCCGACCUACCUCGGGCGGCCGUGGAAGCCCUACUCGAGGACCCUUAUCCUCCAGUCACAGCUCGACGAUCUGGUCCAUCCCGAUGGGUGGAUGCCGUGGAAUGGGAACAUCGGGCUCGACACAUGCUUCUACGCCGAGCUCGACAACCGGGGGCCGGGGGCUAACUUGACGAAGAGGGUGACAUGGCCGGGGAUUAAGAAGCUCAGCUAUGACGAGGCGCAGAGAUUCACCGUUGAGCACUACCUCUUUGGGCAAACCUGGAUCCCCAGGACCGGCGUGCCGUUCAUUCCUGGGCUUUUGCCGAUGGCUGAGGCCAAUAGGACCCACUAAGCUGACAAAUAACUAUAUACAGAUAUGAAGCUUGCCUAAUGAGAUGGGCAUUGGGGGGAGGGAAGGAACCGUCUUGUGAGGUGUUACCAAGUGAGGACCCUGUUGGACCGAAUACAGAACCUUGUAACCAUAUAUGUUUUGCUCCUCUCCAUGGUACGUAAUCUUCGAUGCCUCAGCAGCAUGUUGUCUCUUGUCUCUCUUGCUUGUUAAAAAGAUCCAUGCAGAUAAGCGCUUCCUUUU